AUGAGCCUUGCGAGCAGACAGUUGGAUUCUUUUUGCGGUAUUUGGGGGCGGCGCUCACAGGCAAGAGGAUGUGAAAAAAAAAAAAAAAGGACGUGGAAUUCCUUCUGUGGUUGUGCGCGUGAACUUUGGUCUAAUUACCUUUCAUCUGCCCGCAUCUGUUUCCUCGAAUCCCUCUGCUCCUGUGGCCAUGCACACUUUCUCCCCUCUUGUUACCCUUAUAAGCGUGCGCUGCAAAGCGGGAAGGGUGCUGGCUUCGCGAUGGAAAUUCUCAGGAAAACGGCGCUGUUUCGCAUUGAGCAGCAGACAAAAGGCAUAGUGCCAGAGGAGGUAACCAGCGUUUCGUUAAGUGACGUGCCGCUACUACCAGAACGCCUGACAUGCUUCAGCGCCCUGACACAUUUGACACUGGUGUCGAUGAAACCGAAGCUGAAAACACUGCAGGUUAUUUUGCUGGCCUCCUUCCCGUCUCUCCGUAUGCUGGAUGUGAGCGAUAACGCCGUAACUGUCGCCGAGAACCUCCCGUGCUGUCCCAGUUUGCGGAGGCUUUUUAUCGCGAACAACUGCUUGAAGGAGUGGGCGGAGGUUGAGCGACUGGCGGCGGCGUUUCCAGAGGUGGAGGCCGUCGACAUCGCGGACAACGCAGUAGCCGAGGCCUCCCGCUUCAACGACUUUUUUGCCUUGUUUCCAAAACUUGUGGCGCUCGACUCCAAGGACCGGGAUGGGGAGGAAGUUGUGGUUGCGGACACGGAUGAGAGCAGCUCCAGCCUUGACGAGGAGGACGAGGAGGGCAGCGAGGACUCAUUCAUCUCCGCAGAGGAAGCGGGGGACCCCGUGCAAAAGCGGCCGCGUUUAUCGGAAGGGUUAGACGGCACCGAAGACGACGCACCUCCCGCUAAAGUCCCACGAACAGAGUAG